GGCAUGACGUGUGGUGCAGAAUCAAAACAAUUAAAAUGACAGCUUGACUUUUUCCCUCAAAACGCUCAUAAAAUGUCAUGAAAACGUUCCUGCCAGGGUGAGAAACACGCCGCGAUAUUCAGCCACCAUCGUUAGGAACUGCAGCCAGGCUGUGGAGGAAUGCCACCGCGAGGAAAAGCCUCCUUUGGUCGGUUUAUCCAGGAGCGACUGCGGCGCCUCUGCAGCUAGCUGGUUAGCUCCCCGGCUCCAUGGCGAUUUACGGGCUGAACAUUACCAUAUAUAGACCGGGCACGGAGCUCCCUGGCCGGUGAAAUGUAAACGGCCACGGGCUCAGGAGACUGAGAAAGGGCAAGCAAAGACAAAACUCAGCCUGAAAGACCAAAACCACCAGCUUUACCAUGUCAUCCGAGCAGAUCAUCGCCAUCAUCAUGGAUGACAAAACCUAUGAGGUGAAUAAAAAGAAGCUGAUUGAGAAGAGCGACUACUUCCGAGCUUUGUACAGCUCCGGGAUGAGGGAGUCCACGGAGGACUCGGUGCAGUUGCAGGGGCUCAGUGUCCUCGGUUUGGAGCUGGUUCUGGAGUUCAUCAACACCUCGAAAGUCCAGGUGGUCAACGAGACUCUGGAGGAUUUAAUCGAGACCGCCUCCUUCCUGCAGGUCACCUCCAUCCUUAAACUCCUCACCUCAGAGAUCCGGCUGGAGAACUGCGUGGAGCUGUACAGCCUCUCCGAGGUUUAUGGGACUCACGACCUGCGCAGCGCCUGCCUCAAAUACAUGAGCUGCUACUACCACCCUAUGCUAAGGCGGCCUGAGUUCAGUGGUCUGCCCUCUUCUGUCAGGGACCAAGUCAGGGAGAUGCGCAUGAAUGGCACCGCCACCCUGGUGGCUAUCGGAGACUUCACCAGUCUGUCUCUGGACGUGCCUGAUCAGGAUGAACCCUGGUCCAUGCUGAGGUACGGAGAGGUGGAGCAGCGCUGGAAGCCCCUCGCCAAUAACCUACCUCCAGAUAUGAUCAAUGUCAGGGGGUAUGGGUCAGCCAUCCUCGAUAACUACCUGUUCAUAGUCGGUGGGUACAGGAUGACGAGUCAGGAGAUCUCCGCUGUGCACUGCUACAACCCCUGCAGGAACGAGUGGAACCAGGUGGCACCGCUCAACCAGAAGAGGUCCAACUUCAAGCUGCUGGCUGUACAAGGGAAGCUCUACGCCGUGGGAGGCCAGUGUUUGGGCACGGUAGAGUGUUACAGCCCCGAGCAGGAUUGGUGGACCUGCGUCUCCUCUAUGCCUGACCCGCUGGCUGAGUUCUCCGCUUGUGAGUGCCAGGGUAUGAUCUACGUCAUGGGUGGAUACACUGCAAGAGACAGGAACACAAACAUCCUCCGCUACUGCCCCACCUCUGACACCUGGAUGACAUUUCGAUCCUGUCCGGCUCACAUCCGGAAGCAGCAGAUGCUCUCCGUGGAGGACACCAUCUACCUGGUGGGCGGCUACACCCACGAGUUGGACACGGGCCUGUGGCGGCGACGCCCCAGCCAAACGGAGGACGUGCUGACGGUGCAGUCGUACAACGUCACCACGGGAGAGUGGCUCCAGCUGAAGGAGAACACGUCCAAGUCGGGGCUGAACCUGACGUGCACGCUGCACAACGACGGCAUCUACAUCAUGAGCCGGGACGUCAGCCUGCCCACCAGCCUGGAGCACCGCGUCUUUCUGAAGUACAAUAUUUUCUCAGACGCCUGGGAGGCCUUCAGGCGCUUCCCGGCUCUGGGACAGAACAUGCUGCUCUGCUCACUUUACCUUCCUAACGUGCUAUGACUGGCAGGGCAGCGGGGAAAGCUCAGGCAGCAUUAACAGGCCGGUGUGGGACUCGCUUAUUGUUGCACUCAUUGGGGCUCUGUGGCAUCAGGGUGUGUGGAUGGCAGGUUGGAUGCCUCGAGACCGCUGUGCCUAAGAUUAAAAACAUGCACUACACUAAACAUACUGCUGAGGAUGCAAAUGGAAAAGCUAUAAUCACAAGAAUGGCCCGAAGCAUCAUCAGAGCUAGCAUCAGUUUGUGCCUCUCAUGUGUAAAAGUCAGCAGUCAUCAUCAAAGAAGCACCAGGUGAAUUAAAAAGCACAGAAAACCAGCUGGUGCAUUUCCACAGUCCUCAAAAAGACUCUUCUGACCAUCUGGACGAACUAAUGUUACCUGAACUGCAGAUUUGGAACAUAGAACAGCAUUCAUGUGGUUAGAAGAGUCUUUUAGGGUCCUGGAAAUGAUGUUUGAGUCUUUGUUAAGCUUUCCAAGUAAAGAGGAACAUAAAAGUGUGAUCACAAAGUUGUAACUCCCCUAACCUUUAAAUGAUUUCAAUUUGGCUGAUGUCCCCUUCAAGGCCAGCUCCUUCUGCACAUCUGGUUCACAGAUGUGAAGCAUCAAAUUCUGUGUCAAACUAACCUGAACUUUGCACUGAGGAGAGCUGAGCCACACCAACACAAUCCUCCAUCAUCACCCUUCCUACUCAUUAGAGUGACAAACUUUAUAAUCACUCCUAAUAUUUAAUUCUAAUGCCAGGAGUUGGUUAAUCCUUGUUUUGAAUGACAUAAGUUUCAUAAUCAGAUGGUGACUGUAACCCUGGGGAUACACCGGGCACACCCACUGGAGCUGAUCUCACUCACUUAAGUCCGUGCUUGCAUUUCUACUUGACAAGUCAGGCUCUCUGCUUAAAAUCGCGGCAUCCAUUUUUAUUUAUUUAUUCUCGGAAACAGCAUCGAGCUGCACGAAGCAGGUGUGGAAGGCAGGAAGUCAGACACAGGAACAGCAUACAGCCGCUUAAAGCAACACAACUUCUUUGUGAUGCAGCAUGUGAAAAGUCCCCCAAUUUUUUUAAAUUCUAAAUUUAAAGACUUCUAAUUUAAUGUGCAAAAAAAAAAACAGAUUUAAUUUCAUCUACUUUUGUUUACUUUCUAUGAAUUUUUAACUUGAUGAUGUCACGCUGUGCCGGUUCUUUGAGUUACUGUGUGGUUUAAUAAUGAUGCAAAUAGAUGAAUAGUCACUUGUAGCUUCUUGCAAACUUCACUAGGUUUACAAGUAAACAUCAAUCGAUCACACUCCACGCAGCAUUACCGCCACAGGCUAAAGCUGGAAGACUCGGCAGCAUGACUGAGUGGCGCAGUGGGUAGGCGCUUGCCUUGCAGCCGGAAGGUUGCAGGUUCGAGCCCCUGUCCCUGCGCUGCGUUGUGUCCUUGGGCAAGACACUUUGCCUAACGGUAGCG